UGAUAUCUCACAUUGAGGUCUACAAAACUCCGCGAGGCUGUCACUUGCACGACUCCCUGUAGCCAGAGCGACUUCACAUUACUACGUUUCUCGAUAUCAUCCUCCUCUCUGGUACCACUUCGUCUCGCUCUCUUUGCCAGUCUUCAUCUCUACGCACAUGCUAACUCAUGUCUCCUUCACUUUACCCAUACCAAGCCAUUAUCAAGUCGUGGCACGUGCCUCUUCUCACGCCUAUAAAUAUCCUUCUACGCCUUUGCAACCUUUCUUCCCUCUUCAUACCUCUUCAAUCGAACAGUCUUCUUUCCUCAAGCCCUUUUACUCCAAUAUCCUCUAUCAAAGCAUCCUUCUACCGUCAUCGCAUCAUCUGACAGCCACUGGGGCUUCCCUUCCGCUGCUGCUUCUGAAGCCGCGUUGCCAAUCUGUACUGUAGAGGUCUGGAAACUUUCUCUACGACAUUGCAUACACCAAUACAGAACAUCAUGGCGUCGGUGGGAUCGGAUCGUGCGAUUAUUGAUCUCACGGCCGAGUCGGACGACGAGUCGCCAAGUUUCAGCACCCAUGUCGCGCCAACGGUCCAACCAGUCAUCAAGUCUGAGCCAAUCGAAGAAGAAGUUGAACUGCUUGACACCACUUCUGGAGCGAUCUCAGACCAGCCUGGCGAAGCCGAAGCCGUGCACAAAUCUGAAGCAGACAGUGUCGUUACACAAGCAGAACAACUUCAUCAAAGUCAGCAACCGACGUCGACUCAAGGCGACCUCACAACCACACAGCAACUCUCGCAACCAGACGUCGUGGAGUCUUACACUGCCCAUGGUGAAGCAGACCAUGACACUACAAACGAUACAUCUGCACACGACCACAAAGAUUUCUCACCAACAGCGCAUCCACACGAACCUGCAGUCACUGAAAUGGAGGAGGAUAACCCUGCAGAUGCUGAAGAUGCCGCACAACCAGUGCUGAACAACGACGACAUCAUGGCAGGAGAACAGACUCUUGAGUCUGAGAUGUUCUCAAACAGUGACCAGGACCUCCCACCAUUCGAAGUCAACUCGCCGUUCAUGGGCACCUUCGUCGACACAGCACCAGGGGGUCUUGACGGAUCUGAACCACUCGCCUUUGCUCAGAAUGAUGCCACCGCAGCAAAAGACGAGCUCAACGCUGGUCCACCGAGCCUUCCAGGUAUGGACAUGAACGCAUUCGAGGCACUGAGGCUCUAUAACAUGAACAAUGAUGACUUCGAAGAAGUAGCACCCGACGAAGAUGCCAUUCAGCCCGACGAACUCGAGGUCUUGGAUCAGCCUCAGCAAGAUGACGAGGAUGGCGAAAUGCUGGACUGGAAUGCUGCCAUUGACGUUGACCACGUUAUUGCUGAUCAGGAAAAUGAGCUCAAGAAGGCCGGAUUUGCUCGACUCCGGACAGAAUUCGAGCAAAAACAGGUAGAAGGCUCUAUCACCCAAGCAGACGAGAUCCGUUUCGCCACCGCGGAGUCCGCUGAACAAGCCCGCCUGCGUGAUUUUGAGCGAAGCCGGAUUGUUGUAGAAGAGAUUCCCGUCGCAACAAACGAACUGCCUCCUGGCUAUGAAGAUCAAGACUCCCUUUUCAUUCCGGAAACUCCUGCUCUACCCGAAAAACAGACCAAGAAAAGAGCCGUCCCAAAGCCGAAGAAUCGAAUCAAUGCGCAAGAAUUGCGCGAAGCAAUGUCCGCUGGUAUUGACGCUGGCUAUGCGAGCGGCAGGAAGGGUAAGAGAAAGGCCCCAGCAUCUGCCGAGGACAAACAGCCACGGAAGAAACGAGAGCCCAGGGCAGGUGCAGCCAAACCUGGUCCCAAGGCUCGUCGAGGCAAAAAAGGACCGAACUUGAGCAACAUUCGGAGUCUCGGAAGCACCAACGUGAUACGGGCGGCCAAUGAAAACGAAUCGAGGCCUGAUAUGCCCACGUUCACAAGCAAGGACAAGGCAAAAGCGUUGAACGAGCUCAUUGCGAGUAUACCAAGUGCUGAGCAGGGCUCUCACAGAGGUGAGAGAAAGGCGAUCCUUGAAGCGACGACAAAAUUCUCUGGGCGUGGCUCGGUAAGAUCUGAUGGGAAAGGCGGCUGGAAGCUCAAAGGCAUGAAGUCCUCCUUGUACCACCAUCAACUGCUUGGAGCAGCAUUCCUACGCGAUCGAGAACGUAGCGAGUCCAAACCACAUGGCGGAAUGGUGUGCGACGAAAUGGGCUUUGGCAAGACCAUCCAAAUGAUUGCCAACAUUCUAGACGGCAAGCCUGCCGCAGACAGUCCCAACCGAACCACGUUGAUUGUGGCGCCACCUACGUUGGUAAAUCAAUGGAUGGAAGAGUUCGUGAAGCACAUCGAACCAGAGAAACUUGGUCGCAUUCUUUGCUAUCAUGCGGGUUCCCGUCUACAGAGCAACGAUGUGCCCGCCGAUCUCCAGCGUUACGAUGUGAUUCUAAGCACCUAUACCGAGGUUCUCAGGAGCUAUCCACUGACGGAACCUCCCAAGCAUUUAUCGUCUGACAAGGCAAAGAACGAAUGGUGGAAGACAUGGUAUUGCGAGAAGGCUGGCCCUCUUCACAAGGUGAAAUUCCUCCGCAUUGUCCUCGACGAAGCUCAGGCUAUCAAAUCUCACAAAUCCAAGACUUCUGCCGCUGUUCGUGCUCUUGCUGGCACCUACAGAUGGGCUAUCACUGGAACUCCCAUCAUGAACUACAUUGAGGAGUUAUAUUCUUUCUUUGCGUUCCUUAGAGUUCCACACACUGGCGAUUUUGCGACGUUUCAACACAACUACUGCAACAAUCGUUCCGGAAGAGAGCCUGUUGACAUGGGCAGAAUUCACAACAUCCUUCGAGCAAUUAUGCUACGACGAACUCACGUUGACAGUUUAUUCGAUGCUCCCAUUGUCAAACUUCCAGGUAUUUCUCACAACACAUACCCAGUGGAAUUCAACUCUGUGGAAAGAGCGAUCUACAAUAUGGUGAGGAGACGUUACAUUGGUCAAAUCAACGCUUAUUCUUCCACGGGUGAGCUCACCGCGAAUUACCGGAACGUCUUGGCCAUGUUGACACGCUUGAGAAUGCUGUGUGCCCACAUAUUCCUCUGUCAGGAUGUGCUGAAGCAGAUGUUUGUUGCUGCAGACAUUGAGACUCUCUGGCGCCUGACGGCCAAAGAAGUCGAGACUUCAACGGAAGAGGCGCCUCGGGUGAAUAUCCUCAUGGCACUUCGCAAGAUGUUGCAAGCUAAAGACAACACUAUCCAAACCUCCCAGACCCGGACGGCGGAUCAGUCGGUUGCACCCACUCCAGAUCCCGAAGCCGAACACGACAUCAGGACGGGCAAAGCCUUCGGACUCACCUUCAAAUUCCGACGGUUCCUCCGAACACUUACCGAGUCUCGCACUUGGACUGAGCUGCAUCUCCGCUCAGUGUGUGCCAAGUGCCGCCUUCCACCGGAUGAGCCAAUGUGCACCUCUUGCUUCCACGUGUACUGCAAGGAGUGUCUCAGUGCCAUGGACUUUGAACGCCGCGAACGAGAUGAAGAGAAGAUUGCGUGUAUCGAAUGCGGCACUCACUUCGAAGAAACAUCCUCCUGCUCAGGUCUCAAAGAGUUGGGUUUUAACAGCGAGGAGGUCGCACAAAAGGUCGAGAAGGUGAAAGCAAAGCGAGGCAAAAACAAGACUGCCGUCAGCUGGCAGGGUAGCCAAACAAACGCCGAUGAAGAUGAGGAAGAAGACCCACCCGCACCAGAUUGGAUCGGUAUGGAUGGUACCGUCCUCACCUCUGCGAAAUUGACUGCAACAAAGGCCGCGAUCCUCAAUUGGCACGAAAAGAACCCCAACGAGAAGAUCAUCAUCUACACGCAAUUCUUAGGAUUGUGUCGCAUUCUGGGCAGAAUGUGUGAAGCCGAGAAAUGGGGCUACGUACACUUCAACGGCAAAAUGACACAGGAGGCGCGCCAAAAGUCCAUCAAGCGCUUCGGUGAUAAUCCCCAUAUCUGUGUCAUGAUCUGCAGUCUGAAGGCAGGCGGCGUGGGCCUCAAUCUCACAAUGGCAUCCAAAGUAAUCAUCCUGGAUUUGUGGUUCAACUCGGCGAUCGAAGCACAAGCCUACUGCCGGGCCUUCCGUAUUGGGCAGCAGAACAAAGUCGAGGUCAUGCGUUUCGUGGUCAAGGACAGUAUCGACGAGGAUUUGGUGAGGAUGCAAGACCGCAAAGACGGCGAGAUUGUUGGCGCUAUUGGGCCAGAUUCGCUCAGCAAGCGUGCUACAAUUCAGCAGCUGCUUGAGCUCUUUGGCGACGUCAAGGAGGGUGAGGGCCAGAAUGAGUUCAUUCUUAUGGAGGAUGAAGGUCUAGAUGAUGAGGACGACAACGUUGAUAUGGCGGAACGCCUCCCUCCGAGGCCAUUCUGAUGCAGUGAUCAAGACACGGAGGACGCAAUCAGGAAUCAAGGGUGAGCAUGAAAUUUGACUGAGGGCAACCGCGAUGUGCUUGAGCUUGAGCAUGGCGUUGGGCUUGGAGCGUGCUUCCAGCAUCAUCGACAUCGGCAUCGAAAUUGAGGCAUGGAGGCUUUCACGCAGCGAACUGGCUUUGAGAAGGUGGGCUUCCACAUUUGGGCAUCUGUGCAGCGAGUAUCUAGACACCACAUACCAGGGCUA